UGGUCGCUCUACUUUAGUGAGCUGUUGCUAAGCAGCUAAUAAUAGUCGUGUUUGCUGAGUAAUUUUUGCCCUUCUGGAACCAAUCAGAUGCGAGAAAAUCCGGCCAUCUGACAGCCCUAAAGGCGGGAUUUCGAUUAUUUUCGCUUUUACCCCUCCUCCUCUGUUUCCAAAUGGAGAGAGGUCUUUUUUCUCCUCUGUUGAAUCUCAGAGUUCGCGGUGUCGUGCGGCCCAAGGGAAGACCACAUAGAAGACACAGAAUGCUACGACCAUCGAACGUUCCAAGCCGCCGUUUUGUAGAUGGGAAUGGCUUUUUCCACUUUGCCGUUUAAGAUAAAUACAUUUUUUGAAGAGAAACGCUGAAUGUGCAAAGCGGUGGAGACCUCUGKAUCACGAAAUGUUGGGAUGGAAGGCGCAGACUUUGACUCGCCGUCUCCAACAGCAGUAUGAAGUACUUUACGGGUGUGAGAUCACCGAGAGUGAAACUGUGUUGCCUUGGGACAUUACCACACGCUUUCGGGGAAAUAUUAUAACGUGGAAAAGCAGAACCAGCGCGAAGUCUCCGCAACAUGGCCUCGGCUGCUAAUGCCUCAUCUGAGCAGGAAAACGGGGACCCCGAUCGGCCGAGGAUAACGCGGAGGAACAGGGGGAACUAUCGCUCAACAGCGCCUGAUUUGGAGUAUUUGCAGCGGCUAAGUUACUGCGAUGCAGCUUUCGCCUUGCAGCAAAUAUCCGAGGGGAAAGCGACUGGAAGAAAAGCACCGCUGUGGCUGAGAGCGAAGUUUCAGAGACUCUUGUUUAAAUUGGGCUGUUACAUACAAAAGAACUGUGGAAAGUUUUUGGUUGUGGGCCUAUUAGUAUUCGGAGCUUUCGCUGUUGGCUUACGGGCAGCUAAUCUGGAAACCGACGUGGAGAAACUCUGGGUAGAAGGACAAUGACCCAACACACCUCCAGGCUGUGUAAGGGCUA